GUUGCGUAGCAACGUUUGCGUUCGAACGCGCGAAAAUAGAGCGGGAACGUUCUGUUGCCGUUGGUAUUGUUCUAGGUGUUGUAAAUUGGGAACAGAAAAAGUACAGAUUUUCAGAACUGCAAAAGACGAAUAACCAGGAAACAUGAGGGAAAUUGUCCAUCUUCAAGCUGGCCAGUGCGGCAAUCAGAUUGGUGCAAAGUUUUGGGAGGUGAUCUCUGAUGAGCAUGGCAUUGACCCGACUGGAACGUAUCAUGGCGACUCUGAUCUCCAGCUUGAGAGGAUAAAUGUUUAUUACAACGAGGCCACCGGUGGAAAGUAUGUUCCCCGUGCUGUGUUGGUUGAUUUGGAGCCUGGAACUAUGGAUUCUGUACGCUCUGGCCCAUUUGGACAAAUUUUUAGACCUGACAACUUUGUCUUCGGUCAGAGUGGGGCAGGGAACAACUGGGCGAAGGGUCACUACACAGAAGGAGCAGAGUUGGUUGACUCUGUUUUGGAUGUGGUGAGGAAGGAAGCUGAGAGCUGCGAUUGCCUGCAAGGAUUCCAGCUGACACACUCAUUGGGAGGAGGCACUGGUUCUGGCAUGGGCACACUUCUCAUUUCUAAAAUCAGGGAGGAGUACCCAGACCGAAUCAUGAACACCUUUUCUGUUGUACCAUCACCAAAGGUUUCGGACACUGUUGUUGAGCCAUACAAUGCCACCCUGUCUGUCCAUCAGCUCGUUGAAAACACAGACGAGACAUACUGCAUUGACAAUGAAGCCCUCUAUGACAUCUGCUUCCGCACACUCAAGCUGACCACACCCACCUAUGGUGACCUGAACCAUUUGGUAUCAGCCACCAUGUCUGGAGUCACCACCUGCUUGCGCUUCCCAGGUCAGCUGAAUGCCGAUCUGCGCAAACUUGCCGUCAACAUGGUUCCAUUCCCGCGUCUCCACUUCUUCAUGCCUGGUUUUGCUCCUUUGACCAGCCGUGGCAGUCAGCAGUACAGAGCCCUGACUGUUCCUGAGCUCACCCAGCAGAUGUUUGAUGCCAAGAACAUGAUGGCCGCAUGUGAUCCUCGCCAUGGCCGCUACCUGACGGUUGCCGCCAUGUUCCGUGGCCGUAUGUCGAUGAAGGAGGUUGACGAGCAGAUGCUGAACGUGCAGAACAAGAACAGCAGCUACUUUGUCGAGUGGAUCCCAAACAACGUCAAGACCGCUGUCUGCGACAUUCCACCCCGCGGUCUCAAGAUGUCAGCGACCUUCAUCGGCAACUCCACUGCCAUCCAAGAGCUGUUCAAGCGCAUCUCUGAGCAGUUCACCGCCAUGUUCCGCCGCAAGGCUUUCCUCCAUUGGUACACUGGUGAGGGCAUGGAUGAGAUGGAGUUUACUGAGGCAGAGUCCAACAUGAACGACCUCGUUUCUGAAUAUCAGCAGUACCAGGAUGCGACUGCAGAGGAGGAGGGAGAGUAUGAUGAAGCUGAGGAAGAAGCUGAAGAGGCAUAAAUAUACCAACUUGCAAUUCCAUUGUAAAACCUGCUAUAUGCUGCCUGCUAUAUUUUUUAUUAUUUCUAAGUCAGGUUUUUAAAAAAAAUUGGAAAUGACAAUAUAAAAAUGCAAAAAUAACAAGUAUUAUGAGGCCAUUCUGGUUAAAUCUUGUAUCAUUAUUUUUAAUAUUGGCACCCAAAUUUUUUAGUAUGGCAGUGUGGAAUUUUAAUACAAAAAUACAAUAUGGUAAACAAUUGC